AUGUCAGAAGUUUCAAAACCUUCCUACGAGAAGGGUGAGAAAGACAAGGCAGUCUUGGCUACGGACUUGGAGCGGUCUGAUGACGACGUCUCUUCCAACGCCGUGGGCCAAGUCGAAGACCUUAAAAGAGCAUUAAAUGCCCGUCAAAUCAACAUGAUCACCAUUGCUGGUGUUAUCGGUACCGGGUUAUAUUUGGGUACUGGAAGAGCCCUCUCCCGUGGUGGUCCGUUGUCACUUUUGCUCGGAUACUCGAUCAUCGGAGUGGUGGUAUUUUUCACUAUGCUUUCCUUGGGUGAAAUGGCUGUUCAAUACCCAGUCUCCGGUUCCUUCACCACAUACGCCCGUCGUUUCGGUAGUGAGUCUUUGGGUUUUGCCAUUUUGAUCAACUACUGGUUCAACGACGCUUGUUCAGUGGCCUCCGACUUAACUGCACUCCAAUUAGUCAUGAAAUAUUGGACCGAUUUUCCAUUCUACGUUGUGUCGUUGAUUUUCUGGUUCUUCUUAUUGUUCUUGAAUGUCAUUGACGUCAGAUUCUACGGUGAAGCCGAAUACUGGUUGGCCAUCUUGAAGGUGGUAUCGAUUAUCAUCUUUUUCAUCAUCAGUAUCAUCUGCAAUGCAGGUGUCAACCCUACUAACGAAUACAUUGGUUUCAAAUGGUGGAGUUACGGAGAUGCUCCUUUCGUGCACGGCUUCAGAGGUUUUGCAAAUGUUUUCGUCACUGCUUCUUUCGCAUAUGGUGGUGUUGAAUCCAUUACCUUGACUGCUGCUGAAACCAAGAAGCCCACCAUUGUCAUCAAGCAAACCAUCAAGAAUGUGUUUUGGAGAAUUUUGAUCUUCUACAUUUUCACUGCAUUUUUUAUCGGCAUGAACGUUCCAUACGACUACCCUAAGUUGUCCAGUGGUGAUGUUGUUACUUCUCCAUUUACUAUUGUUUUCCAAAUGGUUGGUGCUAAGGGUGCUGGUAGUUUCAUGAAUGCCGUUAUCAUGACUUCCGUCAUCUCUGCCGGUAACCAUGCCCUCUUUGCUGGUGCCAGACUUGCUUAUAACUUGGGAACUCAAGGAUACUUCCCCAAGAUUUUCACCAAAGUUAACCGUUUUAAAAUUCCAUACGUGGCUGUCAUCUUCACUUGGUUCUGCGGUGGUCUUUGUUUUGGAUCUUCUUUCAUCGGUGCGGGUACUUUGUGGGCUUGGUUACAAAGUAUUGUUGGUCUCUCGAACUUAAUCUGUUGGUGGGUUAUUGGAGUUACCAGUAUUCGUUUCAGAAGAGGUUUGGAACAUCAAGGCAAAACUCACGAACUUUUGUUCAAAAACUGGACUUACCCAUACGGACCAUGGUUCGUUGUCAUUUUUGGUGGAUUUGUUAUCUUAGUUCAAGGAUGGACUUCAUUUUCUCCAUGGGAUACUGCAUCCUUCUUCCAGAACUAUAUCGAAUUGGCUGUUUUCCCUGCUUGUUUCGUUUUCUGGUGGAUAGUUAAAAAGGGUAAGGAUAAAUUCGUCAAGUUUGAAGACAUGGACUUCGAAACCGAUAGAUAUCACGAAAGUGAAGAAGAAUUAGAAGAAAUUAGAUACAUGGCAAGUUUGACAGGAUGGGCCAAGACGAAACACAAAUUCAAGACUACAUUCCUUCAAUAG